ACCAAGGGACUUGUAUAUUUAUCCUUAAAAACCUUUGGGGCUUAUCAACACAGAGAGCUUAGUUCAGUUGACGCAUCUUCUUCAAUGGCAGCUUCUUUGACAAAUGUUGCAUCGCUUCCGGGAUGUGUAAGCGUGUCUCAGAUUAGAGCUUUGGCUCCUCCUUGCAACUCCGCCGCAGUUGCAGCAUUUCCUUCUUCUACAACCCAAACGGCGCCGUUGUUGUCGUCCAGCUUCCUUUCCAGGUCGCUGCGUUUGUCUCCUCUCACAUUGAGCUCUCAGAGAAGGACUAUCAGCUCGGUCCGAGCCAGCGCUGAGGAGCCAGCAUUGCAAGGGAAAGUGACGAACAAGGUGUAUUUUGAUAUUAGCAUUGGUAAUCCGGUGGGGAAGCUCGCUGGGAGAGUUGUGAUUGGCUUGUUUGGUGAUGAUGUGCCCCAGACUGUCGAGAAUUUCCGUUCUCUUUGCACAGGUGAGAAGGGGUUUGGGUACAAGGGCUCUGCGUUCCAUCGUGUGAUUAAGGACUUCAUGAUUCAAGGAGGGGACUUCGAUAAAGGCAAUGGUACUGGAGGCAAAAGCAUUUACGGGCGUACAUUUAAAGAUGAGAACUUUAAGUUGCUUCAUACUGGACCAGGAGUUCUUAGCAUGGCCAAUGCAGGCCCCAAUACCAAUGGAAGUCAGUUCUUCAUAUGCACAGUGCAGACACCAUGGCUAAAUGGGAGGCACGUUGUGUUUGGGCAAGUUUUGGAAGGCAUGGAAAUUGUUAGGAUGAUUGAGUCGCUGGAAACAGAUAGAGGUGACCGUCCUACAAAGAAGGUAGUCAUUGCCGAAUGCGGAGAGCUUCCAGUAGCCUGAUGAGGUUCUGUUUUAGAUAUUUGUUUUAACUUUCUGCACCCUUUUAGGCUUAUUUACUAUCUAGUAUCUACCCAGUCAGAGGCUUUUGUUUCGGGUUCGUCCUGCACGGAAUGUCAACUUUUUCUUUGUAUCUGAUUUCACGAUGGUAGAGUUUAGAAACCUGGGAGUUGUAGCCGAUUAGGAAAUGAAUGCUAUCGGAAACUUGUUUACCGAAAUGAAUGCUGGAGGACAUUUUAGAACAGCGGAUUUGAGAUUCAAAUGAAUUCAUGAUGGACUAGGGACUGCGUGUAUGAAUAAGAGUGCUGUUAAAUAUGAAUCCAUCUUUUGCUAUAAAGAUCUGUUGUGCUUUGU